GCGCAGACGAGCGGAGGCUGAAGAGCCCGAGUGCGGAGGUGGUGGCGGUUGUAGCGGUUCCGUUUUGCUGACGGCCCCGGGCUCAGCUGCUGGGCCAAGAUGCCGGCCGUGUCGAAGGGAGACGGGAUGCGGGGCCUGGCGGUCUUCAUCUCCGACAUCCGGAACUGCAAAAGCAAAGAAGCAGAGAUAAAGAGGAUAAACAAAGAACUGGCAAACAUUCGGUCAAAAUUUAAAGGUGACAAGGCUCUGGAUGGCUACAGUAAGAAAAAGUAUGUCUGCAAGCUACUUUUCAUCUUCCUCCUGGGGCAUGAUAUUGACUUUGGCCACAUGGAGGCUGUAAACCUACUGAGUUCUAACAGAUACACAGAGAAACAAAUUGGAUAUCUUUUCAUCUCCGUGCUAGUGAACUCCAACAGUGAGCUGAUCCGCUUGAUAAACAAUGCAAUCAAGAAUGACCUGGCCAGCCGCAACCCCACCUUCAUGGGACUAGCUUUGCAUUGUAUAGCCAAUGUGGGUAGCCGGGAAAUGGCAGAAGCAUUUGCUGGAGAAAUUCCAAAAAUACUUGUAGCUGGCGACACCAUGGAUAGCGUGAAGCAGAGUGCUGCCUUGUGCUUGCUGCGUUUGUACAGAACUUCUCCUGACUUUGUUCCCAUGGGAGAUUGGACAUCUAGGGUGGUGCAUCUUCUCAAUGACCAGCAUUUGGGUGUGGUUACUGCUGCUACCAGUCUUAUCACUACUUUGGCACAGAAGAACCCAGAAGAGUUUAAAACUUCAGUAUCUUUGGCUGUCUCUAGGUUAAGCAGAAUUGUGACAUCUGCAUCAACUGAUCUCCAGGAUUAUACCUAUUAUUUUGUCCCUGCUCCAUGGUUGUCUGUAAAGCUUUUGAGGUUGUUACAGUGCUAUCCACCUCCAGAAGAUGCUGCGGUACGUGGUCGUCUCACAGAAUGCCUGGAAACUAUCCUUAACAAAGCUCAAGAGCCCCCAAAAUCUAAGAAAGUGCAACACUCAAAUGCAAAGAAUGCUGUGCUAUUUGAGGCAAUAAGCUUAAUUAUACACCAUGACAGUGAGCCAAACCUUCUAGUCCGUGCCUGUAACCAACUAGGUCAGUUCUUGCAGCACCGGGAAACUAACCUGCGUUAUCUAGCACUGGAAAGUAUGUGCACGCUUGCCAGCUCUGAAUUUUCCCAUGAAGCUGUGAAAACUCAUAUAGAAACAGUUAUCAAUGCAUUGAAGACCGAAAGGGAUGUGAGUGUAAGACAAAGAGCAGUAGACCUCCUGUAUGCCAUGUGUGACCGAAGCAAUGCCCAGCAGAUUGUGGCUGAAAUGCUAAACUACUUGGAGACUGCUGAUUAUUCCAUUAGAGAAGAAAUUGUGCUGAAGGUUGCAAUUCUAGCUGAGAAAUAUGCAGUGGAUUAUACCUGGUAUGUGGAUACAAUCUUGAAUUUGAUUCGUAUUGCCGGGGACUACGUCAGUGAAGAGGUGUGGUACAGAGUUAUUCAGAUUGUGAUUAACAGGGACGAUGUGCAAGGAUAUGCAGCAAAGACAGUCUUUGAGGCCCUUCAGGCACCAGCAUGCCAUGAAAAUCUGGUAAAAGUAGGUGGCUACAUCCUGGGAGAAUUUGGAAAUCUAAUAGCUGGUGACCCAAGAUCCAGUCCUCUGAUUCAGUUCAACUUGCUGCACUCCAAGUUUCAUCUGUGUAGUGUCCCCACCCGUGCACUGCUUCUGUCUACGUACAUCAAGUUUGUGAACCUAUUUCCAGAAAUCAAAACUACCAUUCAAGAUGUACUGCGCAGUGACAGUCAGCUGAAGAAUGCUGAUGUUGAGCUACAGCAGAGAGCCGUUGAAUACCUGAGGCUCAGUACCAUUGCUAGUACUGAUAUCUUGGCAACUGUGCUAGAAGAAAUGCCUCCAUUUCCAGAGAGGGAGUCAUCCAUUCUGGCUAAGCUGAAGAAGAAGAAAGGUCCUGGCACAGUUACUGACCUAGAAGAGAUCAAAAAGGAGAGGAACUCUGAUGUGAAUGGAGGCACUGAAUCCACCCCUAUUAAUGCCAGUACUGUGUCUACUCCUUCUCCAUCAGCAGACCUUCUGGGCCUCGGUGCAGCUCCUCUCACCAGCUCUGCUCCUCCUCCUUCCUCUACUGGCAGUUUGCUGGUGGAUGUAUUUUCAGACUCUGCUUCUGUGGUUGCACCUCUUGCUCCUGGCUCUGAAGAUAACUUUGCAAGCCCUGACCUGGCUUCAUCUGAGGUAGUUUCUGAGGAACCAGCUGAUACUGUGCAUGAUGCUGAUGAGCUUAUUCACAAGUUUGUAUGUAAAAAUAAUGGAGUUUUGUUUGAAAAUCAGCUGCUACAGAUUGGACUGAAAUCUGAAUUUCGACAGAACUUGGGUCGGAUGUUUAUAUUUUAUGGUAACAAGACUUCCACUCAGUUCUUGAAUUUUACUCCAACACUAAUCUGUUCAGAUGAACUUCAGUCAAGCCUGAACCUGCAAACAAAACCAGUGGACCCAACAGUGGAUGGGGGCGCUCAGGUGCAACAAGUUGUGAAUAUUGAGUGCAUAUCAGACUUCAUGGAAGCUCCAAUCCUAAACAUUCAAUUCAGAUAUGGGGGAACAUUUCAAAAUAUUUCAGUAAAACUACCCAUCACACUGAACAAAUUUUUCCAACCUACGGAGAUGGCCUCUCAAGACUUCUUCCAGCGUUGGAAACAACUGAGCAAUCCUCAGCAAGAAAUGCAGAACAUCUUUAAAGCAAAGCAUCCAAUGGAUACAGAGAUCACAAAGGCAAAGAUCAUUGGCUUUGGCUCUGCCCUCCUUGAAGAGGUAGAUCCCAACCCUGCUAAUUUUGUUGGUGCUGGUAUAAUACACACAAAAACUACCCAGAUUGGAUGUUUGCUGCGUCUUGAACCCAACCUUCAGGCACAGAUGUAUAGACUCACACUACGAACAAGUAAAGAAACCGUAUCUCAGAGAUUAUGUGAACUGCUGUCAGAACAGUUUUAAUAGUAACAAGAUCAGUCCAGUUUUGUUUCUCCAUUUCUGCAAUAGUUGUCCUCAUCCUGCUGCAAAUAAAUGUCUUGUACAUCAGUGUCUGAGUACUGCAACAUUACCCACCACCAACUCCCAGCCUUAAAAGGACUUGUCCCUUUCAUAUGAAAUUAAGGAUAUAAAAUGUACGGUAUAAAAUGACUUCUAGAUAUAAAAAAAUCAUGGCUUUUUAGCUUAUGCUAUAUAAAGGGUGAGAGAGGUAUCUAUAUUAAUUGUGCUCUAAUUUUUUUUGUGUAAGAAGUUGGGCUUUUUAAAAUUUAACUAAAGGGAAAUGAGUUUAGGCAAGUGUGAUAACUGAGUAUUCUCAUUGAAAUGCCACUGUAAAUUGCUGGUAGCAUGGUGCUUUAGUGCCUUUACUAAGUGCACCUUUCUGCUUUGAGCUAAAAGAAACCAAAUGGAAUGUCCAGUGAGCUUAAUUCAUAUCUUUAUUGAGGGUCAGAUUGACCAAUCUGCAAGAAAUUGAUCCGACACUUCGGUUCUGGAUUAAGAUAGUCAGAAGUGAUGUGACUGGUUGACUGAACUCAUGAAUGAAGUUUCUUAAAGGUAUUGGCACCAAGUUUGUGAUGGGUAGAGAGGACAGAUUCCAGGGUAUGUUUUAAAAUCUUGUUGUUCAUUUGGAGCACUGCCAUACCACACAGUAUA